GGAAGUGACGCCAUCAGCUCGCGCCGGCAGGGCAUGGCGUCCGGGCGCGGCGGGCGUCCGCGAGCGGCCAGUGCUGGGUCCCGGACCGUAGCCGGGGGAUCGGCGGCGCUCCGGGGCUGGGGACUGGCGCAGGCGGGGCCGCUCGCUGCCUCCCGCUCGCAGCGGCGGCGGGCGGCGGCCGGGCCCGUGGACAGAAGAGGCGCGGCGCUGGGAGGGGCGCGCUCGGCCGGGCUCCGGCCAGCGCUCGGCCGGCGAGAUGCUCUUCUCCUUGCGGGAGCUGGUUCAGUGGCUGGGCUUCGCCACCUUCGAGAUCUUCGUGCACCUGCUGGCCCUGUUGGUGUUCUCCGUGCUUCUGGCACUGAGAGUGGACGGCCUAGCCCCGGGCCUCUCCUGGUGGAACGUGUUCGUGCCCUUCUUUGCAGCUGACGGACUCAGCACCUACUUUACCACUAUCGUGUCCGUGCGCCUCUUCCAAGAUGGGGAGAAGCGGCUGGCAGUGCUGCGUCUCUUCUGGGUUCUUACGGUCCUUAGCCUCAAGUUCGUCUUUGAGAUGCUGCUGUGCCAGAAGCUGGUGGAGCAGACAAGAGAGCUCUGGUUUGGCCUGAUCGCAUCUCCGGUCUUCAUUCUCCUGCAGCUGCUCAUGAUCCGCGCCUGUCGCGUCAACUAGUCU